AUGGUCUAUUUUAAGAGAAGGUUAAUUACUAGCAAUAUCUCGAGUUAAUACACAAAAUCAAUUCUAAAAUUGUUUUGAUUAUAAUUUCGUUAGAAACGAAACAUCGUAUUUAUUUUUUUUAUUUUUUUACACAAAAUCUCUAUGUCACCGCAUUAAAUUAAUCUCAUCUGCCAACCGGGACUCAUUUCAAAAACUAAUAACAUAUGAUUAAUUAUAUAGUGUUUGAAAUUUCAAUUCUACGAAAAGCAAAGAAAGAAAACGAACAAUAAUAAAUUGUCUCUUGAAUCUGAAACGAUCUAUCAAUGAACCUGCGAGUGUCGAUCUCGACAAAGUUCGAUAAUUCGAUACCGUAUAGCAGGUACCGAUCGAAUAUCUUUGUAUAUAGAAAUUCACUUAUACUGUAUACAUUUUGUACGUACGUGUAUAGACUGACUGAGACUUACUUCUUCUGUAGCGCUGUUAAAUAAAAUACACUAUAUCGGGAGAGUGACCCCAAGAUGAAAACUGUCAAACGUUCGAUGACAGAAUAAUGGGAUUGUUGCUACUUGGAAUGGUUUACACGAGUGUCGGAUAAACGUUAUGCAUUCGUGGAUAAUCUUCAGUCAAUUGCCGCGUGAUGGCUGCGUGUUCCAAAGAAACGAUGCUAUUUCAAUGCAGGUUUCAGUGAUACCGGUUGGAGGAUAAAGAUAUCGCACAAUUUCGAACUUUGUAUCCCGCUGCAAACUUUAUAUGUACGUAUUAUAAUGAUUUACGAUAAAAAAAAACACUCGGCAUAGUUUCCUUUUUAGAUUGAAUUCACUAUUUGAUUUUCCUCAAGUCAAAAUAGGUUUUCCAUUUCAGUCAAAUAUAACGGUACAGUAGAACACAUCAGAGGACAAAAUGAUUUUGGACAACCAAGAGGUUCGGAUAAUAGAAGCUCAUUACAACUUUCUCUGUAUCCUACUUUUACUUGUUUAGAUUUUAGACAAUAAGAGAAGUAGUUUAUCAGUUAUAAAUUCGUAUCUGAGAGUCUAAGGCACAACAUUGACUAAUUUAUAUAAACGAGGCACAGAUAGACAAAAUUCUACUGUAUGAAAACUAAUAUUAUAAUAUAGAAAAUAAGCAACACUUUUCCAAAAGUAGAAUUUUGAUUUUGAUUUUAUUUUUUGCAGCAAUGAAAAUUUACUGUAUAUACAGAGUCACUGAAAUAACUGAAAUAAUAAAAUUAUACUAAUUGAAAAGUUGGACAAAACGGUGAGUAUUGUAGAUGUAUAAUUUAUAUAUAAAUAGUAAAUGCAUAACAAUCAUACGUAUCAUUGUGCAUAUCUGCUUUCUAUUAACGUAUACCUAGGAACUACACAAUAGUAUUUAAUAUCAAAAAAUAGCCUAUUGAAUUUGAAUAUACCAACUUUGGCAAUAGGAUUGAAGGUUAUAGUUUGUAUUAUUCUAUAUCUUACCUGUAAUUUCGUUUUUGCUUUAAACCUCGAAACGAUUCUCCCAAAAUUACUUUCUAUAAUAUUAUUUUCAAAUAUGAAUUCAUAUAUGUUGUAUUAUAGUUUAGCAAUUGAGAUAUCCUCUUAUAUGUGUUAUAUAUAUACAUAUCUAUAUGUAUAUACAUAUGUAAUUUUCAGUGAAUUUGCACUGUCAGUGCGUUUCGAGAUAAUACAAAUUUUGUACAAGACAUAAGUGGAGAUUAUAUUUAUUUAUGUGAUGUAUUCAGCGAGUCUUGCAAACGGACGAAAGUCCCACCGACCUUAUGAAAUUAAAUCACGGUCGAUGGAGACCUCAUCCGGACACACAACUCGUGACUCGUCCAUCUUCGAAAUUUCAAUUUUCAUCUCUCUAUUAUUCUGAGGAUUACGUCCGGUUGUUCGGCUAUCCGACUACCGGAGUACUUGUAUAUCGUAUUAAGAUAUGUCAACGUCACGGUUGGUGAUGGUAUUCCGGUCGACGUUGGUAGCACUGCUAGGUCGGUUAACCUGGCCCAGAAACUAAGCCGGAACUAUUGGAGGAAUCAAUGACCUUGGCACGAGUAACACCGGGAUAUGCGAGGAAGAAAGUCCAUUCACAUUUGUUGUGCCACGAAGCGGAAUCAAAAAUUUCACGCUCCCAAGUAUAACUUUAUUCGUAAAAGGAAUGGAACAGUAUGAAAGUGGAGAUUUCGAAUUGUGACGAAGUUUUAAAUAUACGUCGAAGAAUGUUGCAGCAUAUUUCUUAUUUACUUCAAUCUUAUGUAUUACUUUGUUAAUUAGAUUUCUUAAAAUGAAAUAAUUUAAAGUGAAACAUUUUAAUUUGUACGUUUCAUGUGCUAGUAAUUAAUAUAGUAGGAUAUCUUGUUUAAUUUUCUAAAAUAUGAUAUACUUUGAAAAUUAAGUCAUUUAGAUGCUCUAUACACACACACACGCGCGCGC